AUGUUAAAAUUGAAAAAGGAAAAACUUAUGGAUAAGUGCUCAAUGUUUGCCAGCGUUAAUUUAUCUAAUGUUCCUAACUUCGAAAAUGUCAUCAAAAUAAACUUUGAAAUUCUGAAAAAUGAAUUAAAAAAUAUGUUGUACACUCAACAUAACAAACUCAUACAAACACUUGACGUGCACACGCAAGAUAUAACUUCUUUGAAAAAUAAAUUAGUGCAAACAAUAGACGUGCAUACACAUGAUAUGUCGGCGCUUAACAACAAAAUAAACUGUUGUUUGUCGUACAAUAAAGACAAAAAUACCUCGAAACUGAACAUAAACUCAGUUCCGUCAGCAGUUAACUCCGAUAUGAACAAGCAAGCUGUUACCUCCAAACCAGCCAUGUUUUGGUCCGACGAAAUUACGACACCGACUGAUGACAACCCUCUGCCAUACAGCGUGGUCGUUCGAAACAAAAAAAGUGCUCGCACAAACAACUCUCCGGUUGCCAACCAAGUCAACCCUAACGAUCAAUCAUCGCUUAAAGGAAAUCCACCAAAUCAACCUAAUAAAAUAAUUGGUCUAAAAAAAUGCGCCAUCGACAAACUUUGUGCCGAGAAAAUCAUAGUAAAAAAAUCGGUAUUCGCAAUGAGUAACGUUAAAAAAUGCAGCAGAAGUAAAGUUGUCGAAUAUUUGUCUGAUAUUGGUAUUAAUGUAUUAUCGUGCUUUCCAGUCAGCAAACUUUCAACAGUUCCUCCAGGUACAACGCUAAACAACGACGACAUCGAAUCAACAAUGUUUCGAGUAUGCGUCAACACUGCUGAUGCUACUAAAAUGCAAGACCCUGAUAACAUGCCCGAAGAUUAUAAUUUUUUAUUCAAAAACAGAUCUAAUAAAAAGGGUGGUGGUGUCGGGAUAUUUCUUAAAUUGGGACUAGAUUAUACACUUUUCGACAAUGCCCUAUCAACGGACGACGUCGCCGAUUGUCUAUGUAUUGAAAUUAAAUUUCACAAAUCCAACGUCAUCGUAUUUGCUAUCUAUAGACCACCAAACUCUGACCCCUCCAAUUUAAUUCAAAAACUUGACCUCGCUUUAUCUAGUCUUAAAACCAAUUCUAAAGUUUACCUUGUCGGCGAUUUCAACUUAGAUCUCUCAAAGGCCUGCUCUGAUAAACUCGUUGCUUCCUUUUCCGAUUUACUGGCUUCCUUCAACUUUGUUCCUCUUAUAUCUCAGCCUACCAGAGUGACUCAUUCUUCCUCUUCUAUAAUAGACAAUAUCUUCACAAGCAAUCCAUCUCAUCACAUUUCUGGUAUUCUUUUACAUGACUUUUCCGACCAUUUUCCUAUUUUCGCUUUAUGUCCAAAUCAUUGUUUCCCCAUUCCAACAGCUCCAAUUAAACUUCGUAGAAAUCUCUGUCCUGAUUCUCUUAGGAAAAUCAACCUCCAACUUUCUGUCCAAGACUGGUCAUCUGUCACUACUCAAGAUAAUAUUAAUACAUGCUGCUCUACGUUUUAUGCCAUUCUUUUCUAUAUUCUGGACUCCGUUUCCCCUCUGCUUCCAAUAUUCAUAGAGGAGAGCGGCGAACCAAAGAAGAUAUCAGGCAAGCAAGAACAUCUUGAAAGGAUCAUCAACAAUUACAUGUAUUGA